AUGUCUGAUCUGAAGCCAGAUGCACAAAAGGACAAAGACGUGGAAUCUGUGUCUGUCAGCCCAGGUCGUGCUCAGGAGCCAUUACAGAGUCACACAUUCUCCCUGAAGAACAAUGCUGCAGGUCUGUCCUCAGAUGAACACGAAAACCCUUUAAAUGGAACCCAGCCGAAUCCAUUUGUAUACAGCAGUGUCCCUGCUGUUCCCCAUGCAGGCAAUUCAUUGCCUUCAGGAGCACUUGUUAAUGGACCUGGUUCACACCCCACCUCAGAGGUACACUGUGUCCUGAACAAAGGCACUGUUUUAUCCAACAAUGUCCUGGAUGCCGCGUGGCAAGCGGAGAAGGACACACGCCCCGAGGUGUUACCACCACCUAGUGAGCUUCAAUCAGACGCUUGGAAGAACACAGCAGGGCCCGUCGUAAAAACACCAGCCACACAGCCAGGUGUCAACACGCCACUGUCUCACUCGGAGGAGAAUGAGUCUAAACUGGCCUAUUCUACAUUGUCAGGUGACGGCGCGGAGCAAAUGCACAUUAGCCAACCUUUGACAAAACAGACAAUGAAAACAAGAUCCCGACGGGACGCAGAACGGUCAGAGAGCGCCUCGCAUGAUUAUGAUGAUGCUGAAGCAAUCAGAUGGGAUUCAGCGAGGGAGCGAUUCUUGCACUAUGACAGAAGGCUCGAGACCAAAGUGAUGCACCAAAGAGCCAGGAAGCACAAUACACGCGUACAAAGCAUGACGGGCUCCACGGAAAAGGUUAACACCAGUUUUAAUCACACAUGCCACGACUUCUGUGUCUGCGCUUGUAAUGAUGUUGAAAAUGUUGCCAUGGCAAACAUAGAUGAUUCUUUGGGUACACAGUCUGAUAUUACGUUUUCCAUCGUUCCCCUGAAAGGUCCUUCUAGAAACAAGGCUUCAGACUCUGAGCACCAUAUUUAUAGCUCAGCACAGGAAGGCGGUAAUGAGGAAAAUGACCCUGAAGAUGAAGACAGUUUGAGUCCCAAAGUAGAACAGCUCAAGACAGAACAAGUUGAACAAGAUCCACUUCUCUUUUCAUGCACAAAGUGCAAUGUUAAUUAUAAGGAAGAAGGACAUUUCCAUAGACAUAUGAUGUAUCAUUUAGGCAAGAAUAAUCAGGUGAACAGUGAGAAUGUUUCACAGCCUUUUAUAUGCAGGGAGUGUGGGCGUUUGUUCUGUGAUAGCAACUCCCUCAUGAGCCACAUCAUUAUUCACCAAGACAGGCUGGAAGAACUUAUGGAAGAAAUCAAAGGUCUCAAAACCACAGAAGUGGAAGACAGGGGCCGCACGGUGCAGUGCCCUCAGUGUGUAUCCGCCUGUAACUGCCCUAAAAUCUCUGUCCAGCACGCCAAAAAACAUACGAAUCUGAGGCAUUAUUACUUCUGUGAGGAGUGUAACUACGUAACACUGACACAGCCGGCACUGGAAGCACACUUGCAUGUUGCACACUCUGAGAGACCUAACCUCAGGACUCAUGCUGAAGAUGCAGAGGAAGUGGACAAGCCUCAGAGUUUUUUCACCAGCAGAGACAAAGACAUUUUGGAAAGAAAAUCUGAGUUGAAAUAUUACAAAUUAAAUGACAGUUAUUUAAAAAUGGUUGCAGACAAGCCAAGAUUUGAGGGGUCUAAACCAAUCAGAACUAGGACCUUUUUCCCCUACUGUUCCAGUAAAAAGAGGGACGUUUAUAUUCAAAAGACCAAUGAAAAUACAGUUACUUUCCCUCAAUUUCGGCACCAAGUGGGUUGCACCAAAAACGCUGACUCACCAUCUUUGUGGAGGGUGGACCGGCAUGGAAAGUUACUCCUACAACCUGCGGAAAAAUUAGAUUCAGCACGUGAUUUUACCUGCAUGAAGGAAGAUGGUGAAAACGAUAACUGCAAGGCUUUUGGCAGCACAAAGCAGGAAAACUAUCCUGCAAAUGCUGAUUUUUUACUCUCAGCAAGAAAUCCUAAAUUAGACCAGAUGUUCUGUCAGGAAAGAAAGAACGACCGGGCUAGUGGGACUUUGCAAGUGAAAGCAGACCAAAACUCUCCAUUAACUAGGAAAAUGUCGACACCCUUGCAUAAAUCUAUUGACAAUAAGAAUGGUUAUAAAUUGCAGAGGCUUAGCCAGAGGCACAAGAAAAAUGCUGCAGAUCUGAAGAUGGAUAAAGGCUGUGAGGGCAGCAGUAACUUCAGUGAUGACACCAGCGGAGCUACAGGGAGCCUCUUGGAAAGCAACGAGAAUGAAAGGAACCCGUAUGCUCGUAGGUACUUCAAAAAGAGGCAGCGGUUUUCAGCCCAAGACCAAAGCCCCCAUGUACUCAAGGAUGAGGAUGGGGGAGACGAAGACUGCAGUGACAUAGAGCAGCUCAUCAUCAAGGAGGAGUAUAUAGAAACCACAGAGUGUGAUGGUCCUCCAGGGCCUCCUUUUACGUCUACAAGUCAGGGCUGUGAUGUUUUCCCCUCACCAGGGGUAGAACAGAAGCCCUGUCCAUACUGCCCCGCCAUGUUUGAUUCCGGAGUGGGUCUGUCAAAUCACGUGAGAGGACACCUGCACAGAGUUGGCUUGAGCUAUAAUGCUCGACACAUCGUUCCGCCAGAGCAGGUGACAAUGCAGGAUCAUCGGCAACGACUCCGCAGGAGGAUCCCGAGGACAGUCAGGAAAGCUGUUAAGCCGGAAUCAGAAGGAGAGCACAAAUGUCCCCUGUGCUGGUCUCAGUUUGAUUCUAAGACUGGCCUCACUAACCAUGUAAGAGGACACUUGAAAAGAAUUGGUGUUACCAGCACCAGCAAAUCUCCGCUGUCUAUCCUACAUGAGCUGCUACAGGACAACAAGGAACAUCGAAACAUCCUACAAGUCCUCAACGGGAGCCAGGACCCAUCACGCUCAUUUGCCUCUCAGAAGUUCACCAGGAGCAAAAGCCUGGGCUUCAUGCAGAGGGGCGUCCCAGUCAAAAUCCAGUAUGAAAUAAAUAGUCCACAUCCCUUUCUACCAAAACAGAAGAUAGACUUUAAAGAAGAGAAGAUGCUCGAGGUAGAGGCACAGAGUGGCACCAAGGCCUCCCAAAGCACUUUGGUUCAACUACUCCAGAUGACACAGAGAAACGAGAGAAUCAACCAGGAAGUCGAUAAAACCAGGAAGCUCAGAGAUCUGAGCGAAGAUUACCGAGUGGAGCCAAAGCUGCCUCAAAAGGAUCGUGAUUCAAAAACCAUCUUAAUUGAGUGUAACAGCACCUUCCCCAGGCCUCCAGGUCAGCCUGGAUCCAAUGCACACAGGAAGAGGAUUAGCAUUUUUGAAGGGCAAGGCUAUGAUUAUAAACAGAAGAAGCCGAGACCAAGGACUGGGCUCAAGAAGAUGAUUUUUCCCUCUUUGAAUGCUGAGAUAUACACACUCACCUGCAGAUUCUGUGACCUCGUCUUCCAGGGUCCUCUGUCUAUCCAGGAGGACUGGAUCAGGCAUUUACAGAGGCACCUCCUGCACACCAGCGUACCCCACUCAGGAUCAGGCAUGGUAGAGGUUCUGGAUCUUCAUCACAAAAUACAAACAAGUACGACUGGCGAACACAGAGAUCCUGAGUAAAGUUUUCUGCUUUCAGACCCUCCAGCAGCCUGAAUAUGCACAAUGUUUGAUUUAUAAUCAGCAUAAUGUUAAACUUGGUCCUGUAAGUGUUUAUAGAAAUAAGAUUAGAUAUACUUUAAUAAUCCCACGAGGGGGAAUUCAAUUUUACACUGUUUUUGAACAUGCUACACACACAGAGGCUGACACACAUGCACAAACAUGAUCCAAUGGACAUGCACUAACACGUCAUAGUGAGGGGGCUGCCCACAGCGAACACCCCUGGUGUCUGGCUCAAGGGCAACUUGGCAGUGCCCAGGAAGUGGACUGGCACCUCUCCAGCUACAAGACCAAUUUCCAGAUUUGGAAAUUUUCUGCACCGGGACUUGAACCGGCAACCGUCCUGUUCCCAACCAAAGUCCCUACAGACUGAGCUGCUGCCGCCCAAAAUGUUGUUUCCACUCGUUAUAACAUAGUAGAAAUAUAUUAAAGUAAAACUGGACUACUUUAUAGUAUUUAUUGAUAAACACUUUAUAUUUGAAUAAGGUUUAUUAUAAGAUGCUUUCUUGACAUGCUUUGCCUUAAUAACUUGGCUAAAACAACUGAUAGUUUGUUUUCUUUAUUUGCACAAGUUAGACAGAACAGUACAGAUCUGCACUUGUUUGAAAAUGCUGCUUUGUUUAUGAUAAAUCAAAGUGCCUUGUUAUCAAGACAGAGCAUUUUAAUAUAAUGAGGAAAUAUUUGUAUUAUAAAAAGAAGAAACUUCAGAUUUUCUCAGAUUCUUGUAACUUAUUACAUCAUUACAUUUUCUCAUUACAAAAAGAAAAAAAAAACAUCUGUACCUUUAAAAGAAACUUUGUGAUAAAAACAAGAGUAAAAAGUAGCAUCUCCACUCUUGGAGCCGACAUAAAACAAUACUGUGCUCUCGUUAAGCAGCGAACACAAGGCUGCCUCUGGUUUGUCGUUGCUUUGAAGGAUUUCACCUCUCUGUGUUGUAUCAGAGGAUCAAUGGGUUUUAUUGGCAUGACAUUUGACAUGUGUUACCAAAGCAACAUGAUGUUUCUUUUAAUCAAAGUGACAUUCAGGAUGUGCAUCAUGUUGGGACAGUUUGUUCUGUCAUUGCUCUGCUGCUUAAACUCCGGCUUCAGUGUAAUUUCUGAAAGCAGGCUCUCAUUAAAGCAGCAGUAACAUCAUCUCUUUCUAAUGAAAAACAAAAUCUUAAGCUGAAAAAAAACAACUUUUUUAGUUGUAACAAAAUUGUUAGAGUUAGAUUUUUUUUUAUGUGGCAACUCUUUACAAAUGAUCAUGUUAUUCUUAAAUGAACAACAAGGAAUACACGUAUGCGACUUUUUGAUCCAUUAGACGUCGCCCUUGAGCACCAGCAUGAAACCAAAACAAAUUGCUAUUAAGCGCCGCCUCCGCCAUACUAAAAGCCUCCGCUCUCCUCCAGCGACAUACCUCCAACCCUCCACCACUUGAGCUGGCAUGGAGGAGUUUAGCGCAAGUGGUGGACACAAUUGUCCUUUGCUCGAGCUGCAAUUGCCUGUUGCCUCACUAAUGUUAGCAUAUUUAAGUUAGCACAUUAAUGGACACGGAAUAACCGUGAUGUAGAAACGCUAAAGUUGACAUAAACACAGCUUUAAUGACUCAAGGUUAUUUUAGGUAAUUUAUCUGUUUAUAUGUUCUUAAAAUAUUCAACCUGUUACACUUGAUACUUUACAACUGUAGCAUAGAGGUCCUAAACAUAUAGUAUUUAUCUUUACCACUUAUCAAUUAUUCAAUAUUUCUAUAACGUGAAUCUUACUUUCCUACUCAGGCAUAGUAUUAGUAGACUUACGUCACUUCACAUAUGAAGGUCGGUGGGCUCGAUUCAGGGUUGAAGUUUUUAUUUGGUUCAGUUUGCUCUCAGACUGCAAUUGGUAAAGCGCACCAAAGCCUGUCAAAUGAUGUGUACCAUAGCCACCCAUCACUAGUUAGGGCUGUAGCUCCGGUCAGUGGUGACUGUCAUCCAGCCUAAUAGUGUGUACUCACCAAACGCGAAAAAAAAAAUUCCCGUCGCGGGAUUGCGCAAAUGUCAUCAAUUUCGCCCGUCUGACCCUGAAGCGACAAGCCAAGGGGGGCUUGUCUCCUAGAUACCAAUGUCUCCUUCUCCUACAAUCAACCACAGUGAUGUUAUCGCUGCCUUUUACCUGUUGACCAAAGUUGUAGAUUCCAACACUGUCAUCUCUGUGUUUACGACAUCCUUUGGAGCUUCACACAGCUCUGUGAAUAUCACCGUUUUCUUCUGGAACUACGUCCAGAUUAAGACCACUUUCAGUGCUACUGCAAGCUAAUCACUCGAGUUGUGCAGCUCCAGAUGUUUCUCCUCCAGCCUUGUCAUUGUCUUCUGUUAAUGAUGAUUGGCUGUCGCGUCAAGGCAUCAAGCGAAUUUGUCGCUGAAGUUAAAUAUUUUGAACUAACGCAAAGCCGUGAGGGACGCAAAUGUUGCGUCAUUUUGCGUUCAUUUUAUCGUGCAACAAGUCCAUCGGCCCACACUAUGCGAUUUUGCAUUCCAUUUACUAUCUAUGUACUUUUGUAGCGCGAAUGAAUACAUUUGUGUUUGGAGUGUACACAGCCUAAUGCUGCACUAUGACCUGAAAGUAAACAACAGGAGAGUGGAAGAAUGGCAUCCCAUAGCGCCGCACAUUUUGAUGCGCAGUAUUUUGAUGCGCAGUAUUUUGAUCUAUUAAAUGGAGAUAAAGUAAUAAGUCUGCUGCGUCAGGUUAAACUAACAUAUCGACUGGGGCGAUGUGUAACCACACGUAGCACAGGCAGGUAUUAAGGCUGUUGUUGUUAGCAAUGCUAACGUUAGCCACGUUUUGGUUCACUUCCCUUGUUCGGUCUGGAACGCGUUCUCAUCGACGGCGAAUCGUUUGAGCAUUCACCUCGCCCCAACUCAAACAAACUAUCCGACAAAGCGCACCAGAGUUUGUUUCAAAUGGACCAAAUGGCUUUGGCGUUAUUGCACCUGUACGGGCUAUCUUUAGAUUUGUAGAUCAGGAACUUUGUUUAUUAAAAAGCAUGAGUCUAAAGUUCCAAUAAAGGUACUUACACUUAUAGUGAAUUCUAUUUAAUAAGGCAAAUAUACUGAAGCAUUUAUUCUACAACUAUUCUAACAGAAGGAAGUAGAUAUUAGAAGAUUGAUCAUUUCACCUAACACAGUUAAAGCUCCUCAAAGGACAUAAUGUAAAAAAACAUUGAUCUAAGAUGAUUGACAGCAGGUUAAGGGGACAAACAGUUUUACUCGAGUUGUUAGUUGAACAAGAUGUCUGAGAUUUGAAUUGAACAGAGAGUUGUGAUGCAAAGAAUUUUUGAUUAUAAAUGAAGAUUCUUAUGAGGGAGGAGUUGAACUGACAGCCGCUCUGAUGUUAAAGAUGAUAACCUGUGUCGUCCCCACAACCACCGCCUGCUCCCACCUCCACUUCAGCGGCAAGGAAGUGUGGACA